AUGCAUCUUUCUCAAUGUUCCCGGCUGUCUCCUGGCCACGUUACGCGUUAUUUCUUCUCGCCAGUCAAGUCAUAUCGUAGUGCUCGAUCUCCUCUUGGUCGUAGUGCCAUUAUCGGCUCACGAUUUGCUUCCACAGCUCCACCACGUCAUGUCUUUGCCGACUCUUCGGUUGGUAUUGGCAGUCUUCCUUUAACGCCUGAAGAAACACAAGCAGAACGUGAGCUCCUUAGUUCGUUACCAGAGUUUCAAGAGGCAGCGCAGGUACUUUUGGGUCAAGGAGGAGACGAAGCACGGCUCGUGCCCAACUAUAAACGAGCCGAAAUGGUGUUGCCGAAGCUUCAGCGUACAGUCGAGAUUUGUCGCUCGACCAUGGGCUUUCAAAGCGUCUACUUGCAAGCAGCUCUACGUCACUUGGUGGCCACGCUCUUUGUAAAGGGUGACAUUGUAAAGGCCAGAAAAGUCAUGCAGGAACGGGGUGACGUAAUGCACUGGCCCGUGGCGGAGCAUGAGCGCAUGUUGCGUCUAUUGCUACGCUCAAAUUUACCUAAAGAGGCCGAGACGUGGUGUCAGAAGGAAGAGUUCACGAACCUGUAUCCGAAAGACGAUAUUGUACCGUUAAAGUGGACGUUGUACGAGUUAAUUGGCAUUGCACUGAGUGGAGGAGCCGAGGAAUUGGCCAAGGCAGUGGGUGACCCGUUGUUUGUUCAGACUGUGGAGAAGUUGAGAGAGAAGAAGGAUGUCGUGUUGAAACAUGAAGAAGCAAGCAAUUUGAAGGCGAGUGAAGUGCAGUUGGGACGUGAAAUCCCUUAUCUGUUGGCACAGUAUGCGUCGUUGUCCGUGGCUAGCACGCGAGCGCUUCCAAGAGACCCCAAGGCAGAUCCCAAGAAACCUAUGACUGAUGCUCAAGUAAUGAGUUUGAAUCAGGCUGAGGUUCUGUACAAGGAAGCGUUAGCGUGGGUGGAAGAAACUGUUGCUGAAAGCAACAAAGACGCCUUGCUGGCAUCUGGACCAAACGCUCCGUUCGGCGCAUGGGUUGAGACCAACAUUGGCGAGCUGCUGCUGCGCAAGAAUAAUCCUGAUGACGCUAUGGAGUGGCUGGGAAAGGCUAUGGGAACGCUGCAGGCGGCGCAAAACGGUAUUGGAUGCGACGCACUAGCGAUGACUCGUGUGCUUGGAUUGAUUGCGAGAGCUAGUCACACCAUGGGCCAAGCUGUAACGAGCGAAGGCCUGUUUGUUACUGUUGUCGAGUCAUUCGAGCGCGAAGCCUAUCUAUCUUCGACCGAUCGUGUCGAGUUUGCGCGCGUGUUGCGUGCCUAUGGCGACUUGUUGGCUAAUUGGGAGAAGCGCGAAACUGAUGCUGCGAAGAGAUAUGAGCAGGCUCAGCGUGUUGAGCAUGAUCUUGCUCAAAUGUGCCAAGCCAACCAAAGCAUCGCCGCGUUGCACCCCAUAUUUUAUUUGCCUUUGUAA